AUGUUAUUUGUUCAUGUGUUUCUGGACAAAAAGUACGUAGAAUUAGAAAAUGAAUAUGCUGCGAGAGAAAAGCUUCCAAAGCCUUUAAAUUGGGGAGGAUAUAUUCUGUCUCCGAAAUCAAUUGAGUUUUGGCAAGGUCAAACAAACAGACUGCAUGAUCGUAUUAGAUUUCGUCGUUGUGAUCAAAUUCCAGAAAUAAAUGGAUCUGACCUAGUACAUGUUGGAGAAAAUGGUUGGGUAUACGAACGACUAGCUCCAUAGAAGUUUGCUGUUUUUAUGCAUGGAUUUGUUUUAUAUGAGAAGUUUAGUUUCC